AUGUCACUGAGUGGUGGCCUUUGGCCCCUGUUGCUUCUUUGGGUCUCACCUGGGUUGUUAGCUAAGGAGGUUCAGCCCAGUGAAUAUGACUAUGUAGGCUUUCAGCCGGAGAUGGUUCGGCAUUAUCAAAGUGGAAGGUUCUAUUCAAGGACACCUCAAUGCGUGGACAUUCCUCAAGAUCUUGCACUGUGCCAUGGCGUGGGCUACAACAAGAUGGUGCUGCCCAAUCUUCUGGACCAUGAAAGUAUGGUGGAAGUGAAGUACCAAGCCAGCAGUUGGGUUCCCUUGCUAAGCAAAAACUGCCACCCAGGCACCCAAGUGUUCUUGUGUUCACUCUUUGCCCCAGUGUGCCUGGAACAGCCGCUCUACCCAUGCCGAUGGCUCUGCGAAGAGGUGAGAGAUGCUUGUGAGCCAGUCAUGCAGUAUUUUGGCUUUUCUUGGCCAGAAAUGCUUCGCUGUGAGCAGUUUCGGAGGGAGGAUGUCUGCAUAGCCUCACCAAAUGCCACCCAGGCCCCACGUCCUCGUAGUAAGUAUCACCUGCCAAGCUUGUACCCUACUGCUGCAUCUGGGCGCACUUAUAUUCUCUUUGUUGUGUAUUUAAUGUAG